CAACAACACCAAGCUGACCUUUAACCUAACUUUACACCGGGAUCUCACUCUCCCCUCUCUCCUCUCCCCACGACAUUUCGCGCAUUCUCUUGUCUCUACGGCUCCUCCCUCUGCCCCGUGUCGCGCGAAUAAUCGUCAAUUGAUAGAUCCUUGAGGUUGUUAGUGCACUGCUCAGCAAAAGAGUCACCAUGCCCGCACCAAGCACACUCCUCCGCGCCGCCCGGCCAGCCUUCCGCUCGCAAUCGCAAUUCUUCACCGCACAGAGUCAGGCGCAGGCGUUCCGGUCAACGAGAGCUCGGUUCCAGCAGCAGGGCAGGAGAUGGCAGAGCACUGCAACGCCAGCAGGAAACCAGAGUUGGGCGAAGAGGUUGUGGGAUAGUCCGAUUGGGGUCAAGACUGUGCAUUUCUGGGCUCCGAUUAUGAAGUGGUGCCUCGUCCUUGCCGGCAUCUCCGACUUCUACCGGCCCGCCGAAAAGCUCUCCCUCACACAAAACGUCGCCCUCACAUGCACAGGUCUGAUCUGGACCCGCUGGUGCUUGAUCAUUAAGCCUAGGAAUAUCAUGCUCGCAUCCGUAAACUUCUUCCUCGGUCUCGUCGGCGUAGUCCAAGUCUCCCGCAUCGUCGCCUACAACACCUCUCAGAAGAAAUUGACCGCAGGCCAGCAAGUCGAAGCUGCGAAGGAGGGAGCCGUGGAGAGCGCGCAGGGAUUGAAGAAAGAUGUUGUUGAGGCUGUGAAGUCUUGAACUGCCCUACCAUACUCCCUCUCUUUGCUUGCCUGGGUGAGGAGAGGAUUAUAUUAAGUGCAGGGAAUGGGAUGUGGUGGGAAGUGAGAUUGGGUAAUGAAUGGGUGUUGAGAUAUUGGAGACGGGCGUGAUGGGGAAUGAUGAUGCAUACAGGCGGUCAACUGCAGUACCACGCGCUUUGAUUCCUGCUUCUUGCACCCUUUCACUUCUUGAAUAAAAAUCUGGGUAGUCAGGUCUUAGAUUAAGACAUACACACAGAUGAGCAUUGUACGAUAAAAGAACAAUCGAUCGAAUCAAUUGGGCUUUUUCAUUUGCCUAACACCUAUCUCCCUCGUUCACUUUCCUUCC